UGCGUUUUAUUCUAUGACAGAGGCGUGUUCGUCCCGGUCAACGCCGCGACCUCGACCGUCGACGUCACCGACGGUGAGACCGAACAUCACGUUCCAGACCUACGCUUGCCCGCCCGCCUAUGCCGCCUGGUAUUGUCUCAACGGUGCCACCUGCUUCACCGUCAAGAUCGGACAGAGUCUUCUCUACAACUGCGAGUGUGCAGAUGGUUUCAUGGGCCAAAGAUGCGAGUUCAAGGACCUGGAUGGCUCCUACCUGCCAUCUCGGGACCGUGUGAUGCUGGAAACUGCCAGUAUAGCAGGUGGUGCCACGAUAGCCGUAGUUUUGGUUGUCAUCAUCUGUGUUGCCCUGUACAUCUAUUUUGGCAGGAAUCAUGGAACCAAGCUCAGUGAAAGAGUGGAGCUGGGCUUGGAUGCAAUUGAUGGGCCACGAGGAAGACCCUCAUCAUUCCACAGGCCUUUCUCAUCCAUUACCAGGUAUUCCAUGCACCCAUCCCAUCAUGGAACCCUCCUCUCAGUCCCUGAACCUGGGAGAGGGGAUUCAGAUCAGGGUGGAAGCAACCCAGUGUUGGCAUCUCUUCCUUCCUCCAGGGACUGACAUCCCCCUUUUCUAAUGGGGAACUAAAUAUGUAAUAAGUGCCACCCAUUUUACACCUCUCAACCAGUGGUUCAUGAUGUCCAGUUUUGUUCCUUCUCUUUGAUCCUCCUGGCUAUCUUAUGUGUUCACUGGAUCUCUGUAGCUUGGUGCAAAUUCUAGUCAGACUUCACUUCUUCCUGCUUCUAUGUUCUUGUCUCCUUUUUCCAGUUCAUAUUUACCUUCUACUCCCAAGAAGAAGCUGUGAUCAUGCUAUUGUUUUUUUAAAUUAAUAUCCACCAAUGGAACGACUUGCAUUUGGUCACAUUCCUUACUGUUUCUCUCAAGAUUCACUUCCCCCUUCCUCAGCUAAGCCAAGAUCAAACAUGAUCUCGUGAAAAGGGAAGAGAAUUUUUCUUAAUGGAAAAAGUUUGGCUGAUUGUAUUUGCAAUAUUUUGACAAAGAAAAAGGCUGGUGGGAGUGUAGUGAUGUAUGUACAUAAGCAGCUGCGGCGUUUGUUCUAUUUCCCCAUCCUGACUGGCCAGCAAUGGAAGAAGAAAUUGUGUGUAUCAUAGUAUUGGAAUGCUGAUGCUGUUGAAUGUUGUCUGGAUUGACAGUUUUUUGCUAAGUUAACUCAUUCAGAGAGGAAUGUAGCAAAUAAUAAAAGAAACAAAUUC